UGAUGACACCGUUGUCAGACAAUAAUUGGCUUCAUCAGUAUAGUCGCUCAGAGCGCUUAAUUCACUCAAUUCUUUCGUGUUUAAUUAAUCCGCAACGAGUUCACUUGUCAGUCUGUAAUUACAUAAACUCUGUAGUUUCAUUUCAAUUGGGUUAGCAAAUUAUUGGCUGUCGGGAAAAAGAAUGGCGAAAAGAAUUUCUUGCUCAGCAGCUUCUUUGUGGGUGUUGAUGGCGUUGACUAUCGUUCUGGGGGGUCUAAACCAAGUAGACGGUCAUGGUAGAUUGCUGGAUCCACCAGCACGGUCCUCCAUGUGGCGACUUGGCUUCCCAACGCCAAAGAAUUACGACGACAACGGCCUCAACUGCGGAGGCAGAUCGGCACAGUACAACAGCAUCAAUCAAGGGCGUUGCGGUGAAUGUGGCGACGAGUGGAGUUUGGCCCGUCCGAGACCCAACGACGAGGGCGGCUAUUACGGAACGGGAACUAUCGGCCAGACUUACAAAUCCGGCUCCUACAUCCGUGUGUCGGUGGAAUUAACUUCGAGCCAUUUGGGCUAUUUCGAAUUCCGCCUGUGCCCUAAACAGUCGGCCGGAGAGCUGGUGACGCAAGAGUGUCUCAACAGACAUUUGCUUCAGUUAAGCAACGGAUCGACUCGUUAUCAGGUGACGGAUUUUACCACUACUUGGUACGAUAUGAUGGUCAAACUACCGAGCGGCUUAACGUGCGAUGAUUGCGUCAUUCAGUGGACAUACUCUACUGGCAACAGCCCAACGGUGUGCAAUGGUGUGGCCAAUUCGGUUGAUUGCAAUCAAGAGACUUUUGUCAACUGCGCAGAUGUGGCCAUCACAGCCUAGUCCGACAAUCAAAUAUCAGUGCCGAUUGACUUGGUGCCAGUAAGUGAUACUGAGCAAUUUCCCUGUGUGUAUUUAUCUAUACGCGUUCCUAUAUUCAAAAAUUAUUUACUUGUUUUGUUAGUGACACAGUUUUGAAAAUUCUUGUUAUAUCUUGUUUUACAUCUCGUCGUUGUCAGUUUCCUAUGCUGCAGUAAUAUACGGUAAUAUAAGCAUUACGCAAUUCAGAGAUUGAUUGAUGCGCACAAUCUACAAUCUAACACUCCCUCAUGUCCAUUAACAGUCGGUUCAUACCUGUUGUUGCAUGUCUAAAGUUAUAAACUUUAGCUGCCUAUCAAAAGUUAAAAUAUGAUUCGAGAUUUUAACGAGAUAAUCAAAUAAAAGUUGAGAAUUCCUU